AUGUCGGGGCCGCCGACGCUGCCGGCGUUCGACACCGCGCGCCUCACGGAGCUGGGCCGCCAGAGGCAGGCCAUGUCCCUCACGGACAGGACCCACUACCGCAGCCGUGGAUCUCCCCUGGAUUCCACGCUGGGGGCUCGCGGCGGUCCAGAGCACACGAGGCGGCCCACGGCGGUCGAGGCAAUGAGCCUGCAGGCGGGCGAGGAGGACGCCUCGAGGCGGCGUCUGCGGCGAACCCCGAGGGUCUUCCAGAGCAACAAGGACGGCUUCUCGCACCAAUGGCGCAGAGAGCUGCGUGCCAACCUGCUUCCUUCGAUCCUGUACGCGCCUCUCGAGACCGCCGAAGGCGGGGCGCAGAGGGCGGCCGCCGCAGCGGGGGUUGAGGGCCAGCACUUCACAAAGUACCAGGCUCAGCUGGCUGAGCGCGAGGUCGAGGAGGCUAAGACGGCAGUGUUCAUGCAGAGGGGUGGUGCGUUCCCACCCUCGGAUUCCGACCCGCAGUACGCUGCGGCGGCGAGCUGCACGGUGUUCAGGGACCUGGUGACAGGCGGCCGCGAGAACGACUGGCUGGAGAAGUUCCGCCGCCCCCAAGAGGGCCUCGUGAACAACACGAGCGGGGUGUGCUUCAGCCACGAGGAUCAGGCCCUUGAUCUCGCGGAGCUGGGCAGCAUCCUCACCCUCGACUUGGAGCGGCGGUCGAGCGAUUCCCGGACGUGCGGCAGCCACGUGCCCUUCCUGAGCAUCCAGGUCGCCUCGCGGGUGCCGCUGCUCGUGAGGGACCCGGUCAGCCCAGAGAAAGAGGUCUUCCAGAGCGAGCCCAUGCAGAAGAACGACCUCCACAUGCUGCGCAUCGACCUGCGGCCUGGGGAGGUGAGGCAGGUGGCGUACGAUCUCAACGACGCGGACUUCAAGGCCAGCAAGCUCGCCGGGCGCAUGGCUGGUCUCAUGGACCCGGAGCGGGGGGCGCUAGCGCGGGUGGCGAGAAUCCUGGACGGCAAGGAGACAGAGACCCAGCGGACGAUGUGGGCCCUGAACGACGUGCUGCGGGGCCUCGUCUCCCAGACGGAAGCGGAUGCCGGGACCGCGGAGGUGCUUGGGCGCAUGGAGGACUUGGUGGAUGGCGAGACGCGGCAGUCGCGGACGUGGGAGGCGACGGUGGACGACACCAGGCGGUCACUGGGCCGCUUCGUGGAGACCAUGGAGCAGCUCGCCCAGCUCUCGCAGGGCCUCGUGCCGUCAAUGUCGCACGUCUUCGACCGCGUCGCGCUCGUCUGCGUGCGGCAGGCCGAGCGCCUCGUGGUGCAGGGCCGCCGCGAGGUGGAGCGGCUGCACCGGUUGUGGGAGGAGGCCGAGAAGCAGCGGCAGCUGCUGGCCCACAUCGCGUCGCGGCACGCCGGGACGGGCGGCCAGGCUGGAGGAGCCGAGCAGCGCGCCGUCCUGCUGAAGGCCACGCUGGCGCGCCAGGAGGAGGAGUACUCGCAGCUGCUGCGGGAGAACGAGCAGCACCAGGCCGCCCUCAGCGAGAGCGCCGCCACCGCCAAGGCCCAGCAGGACCGGAUGAAGGAGAUGAAGGCGACGAUCGCCAAGCUGCAGCUGGACAACAAGGCCCUGCGGGAGGCCCUCGCCAAGCAGCAGAGCGGGGACCUUGCGGCGGCCGCCGGCGCGGGCGCCGCGGCGGGAGCGCCGGAGCCGCCGCUCGUCGUCGUGGACGCCGCGGCGGCCCCGGCGGCAUCGAAGCCCAGCUCGAAGGAGGCGGCGGAGGGUCCGCCGGACGCAUCGGGGCCCGUGUCCAAGAGCGCCACUUUGCCGCCGGCCAGAUCGAGGGGCGACCAGCCGAUGCGCGGCUCGAAGAGCGUCGGCUCGAAGAGCGUCGGCUCGAAGGCCGAAGCCACUGGCUCGAAGGGCGGCGCGGCCGCCGAGCGCUCGGGCGAGAGGGUGGGUCUGUCUUUCUCCGUUGGGCGGGCUGCGCAGACUGACAACGAUUUCUUCUUCCAGGAGUCUGCUCCGCUGCCAGACGAGAUGUCAAGGUUCACGUACGACGACCUCGUGGCCAACUGCGGCCGCCUGUUCCGGGCGCUGGGCAGCUACGAGUGGAAUUCUGUCACCAACACGUACCUGCUGACGGCGGCAGACCCUACCAGGUGGGCUGACGAGUUCGCCGUGGAGGCCCAGCUCAAAGCCCUUCAGGCGCAGAGCAAGCUCCCCCCCGAGGCCCUGCGCCAUGUGUCCAGCGUGUCGAAGCUGGGCGGCCUCGCAAGCCAGAAGGUGAAGGUGGAGCGCCUGUGGCAGAAGGCCUGCGUGGUCCAGUUGGAGGACGAGAUCGCCAUGUUGCAGAAGGCGGGACGGCAGGGCUUUGACGCGUGGGUCGUGGGCCUCCUCCGCGAGCAGGGCAGCCAGCACGCUGGACGCCUGGCAGACGGCCUCGACCCCGGGGGGCUCUGGACGGCCGUGACGGAGAUGGAGCAGAGUGCGCCACACAAGGCGAAGGGCCGUCGCGUCAACAAGGGCACGGUGGCGGCGCCUGCAAAGGGGAAGCCCGAUGGCGCGGCCGAGGAGGUGAUGGAUUUGGAUACGCUGCAGUCAGAGCUCCAGAGUAUCUGGGAGUCGCUGUCCACUUUCGAGGAUGCGGCGCCCGUGAGGUUCGUCAAGACGUCGUCCGAUCAGCUGUUCCAGGGCUGCAUCAAGCGCUUCUACCUCUUGAAGUGGGGGCGCUCGAAGCACGUCGAAUCUUCUGCGGUGCGGCUGUGCCGCUCGGUGCUUGAGCACAUGCCCGAGAACUACGAGGUGGCGCUAUUCGCGGCCCUUGCGGGCAUCAAGCCGGCGGCCUCGAUGGGGGAUGCUGUGCCCCAGCAGCGGAAUAUCGUCCGGUGGCUGUCGAGCUUCAGCCUCGACACACGUGCGCUGAACGACCUGCCUCUGGACGCGGCCUUCUGCCUCGCCGCCGUGGCGCGGGAGCUGGGCAUGGUCCGGCGCGAGCAGAGCGACGCAGCGGGCGGCGCGGGAGUGUCGAUGCACUCGGCCGUCGUCGCGGCCCUCAGCACGAUCGCCGCGCGUUGCAAGGCGACCUCCAGGUUCUUCUGGGCCUCGUUCUUCGCACUGAUCGAGUUCCCCGGCGACGGGACCUCAACGGCCGCGGAGGGCGCCGGCGAGGAGCCCGAGGGCAGCGGCCUGGGCCUCGAGGGCGGCGGGGAGGCCUCGGGGCGGGAGGUACUCUACGUGUCCUACCUCCUGGCUGCGUACGUGCGCGAGCAGGCGGGCGGCGCCGGCGAGCCCGAGGCCGAGGACGAGGAAGACAUCAUCGGCCAGCUCUGGGCUCGCGUGCUGGAGGACGCCCCACAGGCCGCGCCCACGGAGGGCCUGGUGCGCGCGUCGCUGAACGUGACGACCGGGCUCUCGAGCCUGGAGGCCUCCCUGGCCGCAGAGCUGGUCGUGAGGCACGCGGACCUGCAGGUGCAGCCGGAGCUCGUCGCCAGCGCCCUGUCCGCUGUGGCGCUCGGAGGCGGCGCCCCCAGCGGCCCGGGCUCCAUGCGGGCGGGGGUGCAGGUCACCGGUGCGAACCUGGAGCGCCUGGCCGGGGCGUGGCGUAAGGGCGGGGUCUUGCGCUGCCCAGAGGGCGUGCUGAUGUGGGCCGCGGCGUGGUCGCUCGCCCAGGAGCGGGCGCACGAGAUGGAGCUGAUGGGAGAGCUCUUCCAGCUCUACGACUCCUCCGGCGACGGCUGGCUGCAGUUCGCCGAGUUCUCCGCGCUCAUCGCCGCCAUGACGCCGCAGGUCUCGCAGGCGGACAGCGAGGAGCUCUUCCUGGCAGGCGCUGAGGCCUUCACCGGGGACAUGACCAAGGAGGUCUUCCUCAAGCUGGCCUCACGCAUGGGCAUCUCCGCCGACGUCGACCUGCUGGAGCACCUCGUGGACUCCCAGCGCGCCGCGCUGGGGCCCGCGGCCUGA